GCCAGAGGCAACCUCUGGCCCCCAGCAGUUGUUCCGCUUUGCAGCCUCAGUCCUCGGCCCCCAACCUUCUUUCCCCAAUCCCAUCCCCUUCCCCACUGAAGGAGCCGAAAGAGAAGAGAGAAGAGUGAGCAGAGAGAUUGAGAGAUAGAGAGAGAGAUAGACGGAGAUCUCUGGAGCAGACCUCAAGGUGACUUCCAUUUCUACUUGGUUCUCGUCUGGGGGGGCCCUGGCCGGGCAGCCCCCCCACACUCCUCCUGCCCUGAAACACGGCUCUAGCCAACCUGCUCCGCUGCUUCACCUGCGACCGUCUCUGUGGGGGCUGCACGGCGCCAGCCCCUCCAGCCCGUCAGGGCAUCGUCCUCCAGCCCGUCAUGCCCAGCUGUGACCCGGGCCCGGCCCCCGCCUGUCUGCCCACAAAGACUUUCCGCAGCUACUUGCCCCGCUGCCACCGCACUUACAGCUGCGUCCACUGUCGCGCGCACCUGGCCAAACACGAUGAGCUUAUUUCCAAGUCCUUCCAAGGGAGCCAUGGCCGAGCCUACCUGUUUAACUCAGUGGUCAACGUGGGUUGUGGGCCAGCUGAACAGCGUCUCCUGCUCACCGGUCUGCACUCGGUAGCUGACAUUUUCUGCGAAAGCUGCAAAACCACACUAGGCUGGAAAUAUGAACAAGCAUUUGAGACGAGCCAGAAGUACAAAGAAGGGAAGUACAUCAUUGAGAUGUCACACAUGGUGAAGGACAACGGCUGGGACUGAAGGGCUCAGGCAGGCUGUGCCCUUCCUCCGCAUGCCCCACCCCCCUCACACCUGACCCCUGGCCCUGCAAAGCAGUCCACACCAGCAUGAGUACCACCCACCCCUGAGGAAACCCGGCUCCAACCAAUGUCUCCCUUCCUCUACCACAGCACCACCACGCCCCUUUGGAACAGGGGUCUGGAGUACCCCAGGGGUGGCCAAAGCUCAGGAGUGGGUAGCAGUCAGGGAAAUACACAAGGGGGGUAAGGGGAUGGUUGGGGGCACUGAAGACUGGAGUUUGAUGGCAGAGUGUGGACUCAGGCAGAUAAGACCGUAGGAGUCAUCUGACCCACCUUUUCUUUUUCUUUUCUUGGAGUCUACAGGAGAAAACUUGGGUGGUGAGGCUAGUAGAUCCUAGGUCACAGAACAGCAAAGGCUUGGGCUGGAGUGAAAUUUUAGCCUGAACCUCAGAAGCCCAGAGUCUGACAGUGAAGUUCCCACCACUAUUCAUGGAAACUAGGUUGGGUGCAAGCGGAUGGUUAGAAGGGGGGUAAGAAAAAAAGACAAAAACCCAAACCCCAGACUCUAAGUCAGGGACGGGGGUUUUCACACCCCUCCACCUGAUUACCUUGGCACUAAAGAGGCACUUUUGAGUAUGUAACCUUUGCCAUUGGGUGGGGUGGGAGACGCUGUCCCAGGAACAGCCCCCGCCCCGAGCUGGCUAUUGCCAGAGCCAGAAGUCUUGAUGGGCGCUCUCUAAGGCUCAGCCACUGCUCCCUGGGACCCAGUCCCUUGGAGGGGAGGUGGAUCAUCAAUGCUGCGGGACCAGUCUUUCCCGUGGCUGCCACCAGCGAAAGAAACUUUUGUAUGAUAAAGUGUUUGGGUCUAUUUUUAAUAAAAGGGGAAAAGCAACUGUGUGGCAUUGUUUUAGCUUUUCUUCGUGUUCCUACCAUGCAUUUGACUAGCAGACGUCAGUAUCUGUGGGGCACGCUGGAUUUUUAGACCG